UUAGAAGAAGUCCGAUCCUCCGCCAGGAAACAUUUAAGAUGCUCUAAACCUCCGGAGAAGAAGCGCAAGGAAUCCAUCAACAAGUUUGUUUUUUUUCCCAAUUAGGGACAUAAGAUGUUUCCUUCUCGCGCCUGACUGCUUUUCGUUCUUCUACGGGAGUACAACUGUUGUGUGGAAUAGAAUUGCGCACUUUGGGGAUUUUAACAUUUUUUUAUUCACACGCUUGGCAAUUGCGCACAGCUAUGGCGCAAAGGUACGACGAGUUGUCUCAUUACGGAGGCGGGAUGGACGGAGUCGGAGUGGCCGCCUCCAUGUACGGGGACCCGCACGCCCCGCGGCCCCUGGCCCAGGUGCACCACCUGAACCACGGGCCCCCGCCGCACCCCACGCAGCACUACGGAGCGCACGCGCCGCACAGCAUCAUGGCGGGAAGCAUGGCGGGAAGCAUGGGCAGCGCCGUCAACGACGCGCUGAAGCGAGACAAGGACCAAAUUUAUGGUCAUCCAUUAUUUCCACUUCUGGCCCUGGUGUUUGAGAAGUGCGAGCUGGCCACGUGCACGCCCAGAGAACCAGGAGUGGCGGGAGGAGAUGUUUGCUCCUCAGACUCCUUCAAUGAAGACAUAGCAGUGUUUGCAAAACAGAUCCGCGCGGAGAAGCCUUUAUUUUCGUCAAACCCAGAAUUGGAUAACUUGAUGAUUCAAGCCAUCCAAGUGCUACGCUUUCAUCUACUGGAGUUAGAGAAGGUCCACGAGCUCUGUGAUAACUUUUGCCAUCGCUACAUCAGCUGCCUGAAGGGCAAAAUGCCCAUCGACCUGGUCAUCGAGGAGCGAGACGUUUGCAAGUCGGACUUUGACGACCUGUCGGGAUCCUCUACCAACCUUGGAGAUCAUAACCCAGCAUCCUGGAGAGACUUGGACGACGCCCACUCGACACCCUCGGUAGGGACCCCGGGCCCGUCCAGUGGGGGACACGUCUCUCAGAGUGGAGACAACACAAGUGAACUCGGAGACGGCCUUGACAACAGCUUAGCGUCACCGGGCACAGGUGAUGAAGAUGACCAGGACAAGAAGAGGCAGAAAAAAAGAGGCAUCUUCCCCAAAGUGGCUACAAACAUAAUGAGGGCAUGGCUAUUUCAGCACCUUACGCACCCGUACCCCUCAGAGGAGCAGAAGAAACAACUAGCACAAGACACAGGCCUCACUAUCCUUCAAGUUAACAACUGGUUCAUCAAUGCAAGGAGGAGAAUAGUUCAGCCUAUGAUUGACCAGUCUAACAGAGCAGUGAGUCAAGGUACAGCUUACAGUCCAGACGGCCAACCCAUGGGAGGUUUCGUCCUUGACGGGCAGCAGCACAUGGGUCUACGACCUGGAGGACCAAUGGGAGGCAUGGGCAUGAACAUGGGCAUGGAUGGACAGUGGCACUACAUGUAAUCUUCUCCUCUGAGGCCAGCGUCAAUAACAGGGUAAAGCUUCCAUGGUCGGCUCAGGGACGUUCUUCAUGCAGCUGCCAAUCAUACCUACGUGACCACCCUCACGCCCCCCGUCGUCUCUGUUGCCCUGUGGCUGCACACACGUAUCGAGAGGUCAAACCAUCCAUGUCCACUUCAAGAACACUGAAAGACUGUUGACUGUUGAACUCCUAUGGGGAAAAAAAGAGACUUCAUUCAGAGGAGAACAGUCAUCUCCUACUCCUACUUAAAUUAUUUAUUUAUUUUUAUACCACACUGCUCCUUAUUUUUCCUUUCUUUUUGUCGGUCUCAUCUUAACGAGAAGCUUUACCACCAAACCAGGACAACAGCAAGGGUGUUCAAAGUGCGGCCCCCGGGUGACAUUUGCAGCUCUUUGGUUGUCUCGUCCAGAAAUACCAUUAAAGACAAACAUUAGAUAUUAUUAGGGCCACAUUAUCAUCAAUUUCAUGAUAACAACAUGGAGAUGUAGCUUUUUAAUGUAUAAUAUUUCACUUUUUACAAUUAAUUUCUGUGUUUCAUUAACAGAAAGGUGAAAUAUAUAAAACAUUCUUCAUUUUUUUGUAUGCCACCCUCCAUGGAAAAUGUUUGAACACACCUUAUGUACACACGUACGCACAAACACACACAUACACACUAUGGGAUAUGUUUGACAUUGGAAUUGUUGUGCUGUAUAUAUUUGUGCUUGUUUCUUUUGUAUAUUGCUCUAAUUCCCUUGCAUUUUCUUUUUGUAUGUGUCUCUAGUAAAACAUAAAUCUUGUGUUUUAAUGAAUACAAAAACACAGCGUGGGAAAGUCUGUACUAAGCCCACAAUGUUUAAAUGUUUGUUUUUUUUGUUUCACUGCUAACGUAUUCCGUCAAGGCGCCAGCUUUUCGUACUUGAAUGACUCUCCUUGGACGCACCGCCGGUGCAGACCGCUGUAGUAAAUAUUAUGAAUAAUAUAUUUGAAUUUACUUUCUCUCUGACACGGAUGGACUCUUUUUUUUUUUUGGAUCUCUCAGUUUUGUUCCCGAAUUGUGAAGCUGUGCGUCAAAAAAGCGCACAGCCUAAUAAAAUC